CCCCCCGGGGCCAGCCCUGUCAAUACUCAACCCCACAUGACAUUGGGACAUCGAACCCACUCUAUAUAAGGGCGUGUUUAAUAGCGGGAGAAGGAGAGAGAGAGAGAUAGUGACAAGGAUAUAUUUCCCUUACAAGCUACAAGCCCGUUUUGACUAAUUCUGUUUUGAAAAAACUGUGAUUUCACGUUGAAGGAAGUGGAACAAACAAGAGAUCCAUUAUUUAGGCGAGAUUCAUUCAUAUUUCAUCGCACUUACCAGCCUACCGACUGACGUACAUUUACACAAUAGGAGACAACGGAUGGCAUGAGGUGGUAGUGUACUUAUAGGUAUAACAUUGCAGACCGUUGUCAUUUUAACCCGGCUUGUUACAAGAUGGCCUUAGUACAAUAGCAAGGCGUGUUACAUCGUAUUAUACUACUUGAUCUACUACUACUAACAUUCGAAUCAGGGUUUCAUUCACCUAUAUCUCAGGGGGGGGGGGGGGUCCCCGCCCCGGGGAAAGCCAAGUUCCCCCCCGGAGCAAAAGUAUGUCAAACAAUAAAUCAACUGGCCGUGCCCCCCCCCCCCAACCGAAAAAAUUUAAGUGCCCCCCCCCCCGGGGAAAAAUUACUGAAACAAUCACUUGUUCGAAUUGAGAACAUUUGCUUUUAACUGACUUAGAAAUGUGACAACUUUUGCUAAUGAUCUAGACCUAGAUAAAUUGUUUACGCAUGAAUCUUUUUAUCUCGUUGAGUUGUUUCUUUUUUGUUUUUUGUUAAAUUGUUUUUAAUUGCAGUUUCGUUACAAUAAAAUGUUUUUUUAAUUCAUAUCUUAGACAACGCUUGUCACAUGAACAAAUCACCGAUACAUUCGUUGAAUUUAUCGUAAUAAAAAAAAAAAAGCGGACAUUUAGGUGAUUUGACGCGCAAAAUGCAACGAAAGACCCGUAGGAAUGGAACUCGUUCGUUUAUCAAGAGCUGCCUGUUUACCAAAAUCAGAGAUCCUCGGCAUGGGCUAUAUAGCCCCCCAGGAUAUUUAUUAGGAGCCAGAAAGGCUUUGAUGAAAAAGGAUUGAUGUAUAAUAAAGAACAGUUGUUAAUAUACGUGUAUCAAUGAAAGGAAAGGGGGCCAUGGGGGGUAACUCAAAUGAUGUAGGAGGGCGGCGAACAAAGAAAGGUUGUGUUAAAUAAAAUUAUUUUAUCACCUUCUUAUUUCUUUACUGCCACUCUCUCUCUCUCUCUCUCUCUCUCUCUCUCUCUCUCCCUCCCUCCCCCUUUCUCACUCUCUCUCCCUCCCCCCUCGCUCACUCUCUCUCACUCACUCUCUCUCCCUCCCUCUCUCAGUCUCCUCUACCUCUAUCCCUCACCCCUCUCCCCUCUCUUUCUCCACCCCUCUCCUCUCUUGAAGGCGAUCCAUGCCUGCGGUGUGCCCUCUCCUCUCUUGAAGGCGAUCCAUGCCUGCGGUGUGCCCUCUCCUCUCUUGAAGGCGAUCCACGCCUGCGGUGUGCCCUCUCCUCUCUUGAAGGCGAUCCAUGCCUGCGGUGUGCCCUCUCCUCUCUUGAAGGCGAUCCAUGCCUGUGGUGUCUGUGCCUUACAUUCUUAGGUUGGCAUUGCUGUAAGAUCGAACGUCUAUUAGUGUUAAUCCAGUCGUUCAUUAAUUAUCGCGCAACUUCUUAAUUUACGCCGAUUCUGACCAUUUGCGCCAAUUCUGUGCCAGCCCUACAUUUAUAUUAAAAGCAUAAAAUCCUUAUUAAUGCCCCCCCCCCCACCCCGGAAUGUCUACUCGACUCAUUAAAUCUUACGUAUUAAUAAGAUUGUCCCGUAGAAGCUCACAGCAUUGUACAAUUUAUCGAAGCUUCAGAAGCUUGAAACAAUUCAGCACCAAUGCCAACAACACUACCUCUUGAUAUCGCCGAAGUUAUGGCUUAAAUCUGACCCUACCAUGGAUCUACCAUUAAAGCAAGCUACACAUUAAAACACGCCCCAAAGGCUUUCUGAUGGGUUCGGUGAACAUCCUCGUGAUAUUGAAUAAAACAUGCCAUCCGCGGUCUCUACCGAUUUCAACGGAGAUGAACACAACCUCACAUCAGAUGCAUCCAUCACGGCUCUAAUGUCUUGCUCUAAUGUCUUGCUCUAAUGUCCUGCUCUAAUGUCUCGCUCCAGUGUCUUGUUCUAAUGACUUGCGCUAAUGUCUUGCUCUAAUGUCUUGCUCUAAUGUCUUGCUCUAAUGUUUUGCUCCAAUAUCUUGCUCUAAUGUCUUGUUCCAAUGUCUUGCUCUAAUGUCUUGCUCUACUGUCUCGCUCCAAUGCCUUGCUCAAAUGUCUUGUUCUAAUGUCUUGCUCUAAUGUCUUACUUCUAUGUCUUGCUCUAAUGUCUUGCUCUAAUUUCAUGUCUUGCUCUAUUGUCAUGUCUUGCUCUAAUGUCUUGCUCUAAUGUCUUGUUCUAAUGUCCUGCUCUAAUGUCUUGCUCUAAUGUCAUGUCUUGCUCUAAUGCCUUGCUCUAAUGUCAUGUCUUGCUCUAAUGUCUUGCUCUAAUGUCUUGCUCUAGAGUCUUGCUCUAAUGUCUUGCUCUAAUGUCUUGCUCCGAUGUCUUGCUCUAAUUUUUGUGCUCCAAUGUCUUGCUCCAAUGUCUUGCUCUAAUGUCUUGCUCCAAUGAGGGUGAAGAUUGAACACAAAGUAAUUCAGAAUUUCGGCAUCACUUCAUCGUAUAGAAUUAAUCAAGUGCUCGUUCACUAGUGGUCAUCAAUUCCCCUCCAUUUGUUCUUAAUUCUCAUUUUUUAGUUGUAUAAAAGGUUACAUUUCUAAUCCUUACAUUCUUUUACCGCGAUAGAAUGCACCACAGAGUUAUGUGGGUGCACUUAACAACUUAACUUCCGUUUCUAACAUAGAACGCUUUAGGUUCUAAACAAAGAGCUACACUGAGAUCUUCGACCUCGUGCGUUUUUUUGAUGUCACAUAGUUUGUUGUAUCUUGUUUUGCUUUGUCUGUUGAAGAAGGCAUUUACCCUUUACGCCCUUUAAACUGUCCUGUCGUCCCCCCCCCCCAACCAAGUCUAAAAUGUGUGUUGUUACGCUUUUCAUUUACUUGACAACCCUAAAACUUCACUAUCUCGACUAUAAUUAAAGCUUUGCUCGGUUAUUGACUGCAGCAGCUGGGGCUUGUGACGUAAUCGAUGAGACUUUAGCUCUAAAUCCAUUAAAAAAAAUGUUUAACUGGCUGUAAAGUGCUGUUGAAUUGUGUUUCCCAGCUGCAACUUUAUGACCACGCGUCAUUUUGGAUCGAUGAAUUUACUUUCAACCUCACCAUCAAUGGGGAACUCUUUGGUGGGGGAAAACAAUAAUAUUGUAAAAAAAAAUUUUUUAUAUCAAGCUGUGUAAAUUUUACAGCUCCUUCAGGGGGAAUAAAAAGUGAUGUAAUAUUUGCUGUAAAUGUGUGUGUGUGGGGGGGCGGGGGGUUAAUACCAAGAUCGUGAUGAAACUUUUUAAAACUUCUUUAUUAUAUUAUUAUGUUUUCUCUUUGUAAUGAGAAACAAGAGUUAUGUUGUUAGUAGGGAUACGCCGCUAGGUCAUUAACCGCUGGGCUACUCAUAGUGCAUGCAAUGCGGUGUCUGAUAUUAAAUGGCUGCGAGAAUUGUCCUACGGCUAAAUGAAUACCAAGCUGGUAGCAGCAAUCCUACAAUACCAAUGAAUGCCACGCUGGUAACAACAGUCCUACAAUAACAAUGAAUGCCACGCUGGUAGCAGCAGUCCUACAAUACCAAUGAAUGCCACGCUGGUAGCAGCAGUCCUACAACAGCAAUGAAUGCCACGCUGGUAGCAACAGUCCUACAACACCAAUGAAUACCACGCUGAUAGCAACAGUCCUUCAACAACGAUGAAUGCCACGCUGGUAGCAACAGUCCUACAAUAACAAUGAAUACCACGCUGGUAGCAACAGUCCUACAACAACAAUGAAUGCCACGCUGGUAGCAACAGUCAUACAACAACAAUGGAUACCACGCUGAAAGCAACACUCUAACCACAACAAUGAAUUCUACGUUGAUAGCAGCUGUCUAACAACAACAACAAUGAAUACAAUGACGGAUGUUAAAUUCCUACAACAACAAUGGAUACAAUGAUUGGAUACAACAGUCCUACAUAACAAUGGACAAAAUGACGAUGCGACAUUCAUUACACCGACAACGAAUACAAUGAUAGAUACAACAGUCCUACAAACAACAAUGGGUACAAGGCUGAUAAUGAUAACAAAACAUUCCAUUUUUGACGUCUACAAUGGUUGGGGAUAAAACAAACCCAGUGCGUCAGACACCACUGUCACUGUGUCAGACACCAAUGCCACUGUCUCAGACACCAGUCUCAGUGUGUAAGGUGAAGCUACAGGAAAUUCCCAUAAAUGCUGUGACCCAGUCGGCAUGUCGGUCAACAAAGCCGGACAAUUUUUUAAAACACUGGAGCUUGUCACCUAACCUAUCCAGGAUGUCUGGUUUGACAUAUUUCCGACAUCGGUAUGUCUGACCGACGCGGUUGUUACCCAAUCCUGAAUGUAGCACAAGGGGAUAUCACCGGGUCAGGAUUGUAAUGCAUUCAUUGUUAUGGAGAGGAGCGUUUUAAAGAAGGGGCGAUUUUUCUAGGUUAUUUAAACCGGAAGCAGUUUAUCUGACGCAUUUGAUCACAGGGACAGGAUAUCAAGCAGUGGAUAAAAAUAGACUAAGUGACGUCAUAUCCAUAUUUGGGUAUAAAACGCAUAACCACGUCAAAUUCACUACAUAUGUUUGACUUCAUUGACUUUAUUUAUUUUGUUGUGCGUGAAUGUGAAAACCUUGUAAGUGUAGACUAGAAUAUCAUCCAUUACAAAAAGUGCACACAAGUACAAUAGAAAACAUUAUUACAAAACAGUGCACACAUGUACAAUAGGAAACAAUACAAAACAGUGCACACAUGUACAAUAGGAAACAAUACAAAACAGUGCACACAUAUACAAUAGUAAAAAAUACAAAACAGUGCACACAUGUACAAUAGGAAACAAUACAAAACAGUGCACACAAGUACAAUAGGAAACAAUACAAAACAGUGCACACAUAUACAAUAGUAAAAAUACAAAACAGUGCACACAUAUACAAUAGGAAACAAUACAAAACAGUGCACACAUGUACAAUAGGAAACAAUACAAAACAGUGCACACAUGUACAAUAGGAAACAAUACAAAACAGUGCACACAAGUACAAUAGGAAACAAUACAAAACAGUGCACACAAGUACAAUAGGAAACAUUAUUACAAAACAGUGCACACAAGUACAAUAGGAAACAUUAUUACAAAACAGUGCACACAUGUACAAUAGGAAACAAUACAAAACAGUACGCAAAUGUAAAAUAGUAAACAUUCCAUGACAGUGCACGAGUGUACAAUAGGAAACACUGCAAAACAGUGCACACAUGUAGGCCUACAUUAGGAAAAAAUACAAAACCGUACACAAUUGUAAAAUAGGAAACACUACAAUACCGUACACAAAUAAACAAUAUGAAACAUUACAAGACAGUGCACUUCAUUUCAAAAUUAUUUACAUUACGGCACUCGCUAAAGAGUCGUGAACAAUACAUAUAUUUUCUUUUAUAUUUACCACACACUGCUAUUCAUUUAAAAUAUCCCAAGGUGUUUCCCCUGUCAUUAAAAUAAAUGGACAGAAAGAGCUCAUGGCGCCUUUAAGCAACUUACCUUACCCCCCACCCCACCCCUUCUCCCCCAUGACUCAUUUAUUUAUAGAGGAAUACGCAACUGCAUAAUUUUUUUUAAAUUUUUUUUUUUUUUUUACAAUACCAUUUAUUGUUAAGCCACACACUCGCCACCAGGCCCACUCGCACGCGGUCACGUACACACACACCCACCGUUGGACAUAAACACGCACUUUACCUACACCCACCUACACGCAUUUGCCACCCGACCUACACACGCGCGUAAACGCAAACAAACACCCACUGUCGGACUGUUACCCCCCCCCCGACACACACAUUACACACUCCUCCUAUACACACUCACACACACUCGCACACACUAGCCACCCGACAUGUUUGCUAAGAGAACUUUUAAACUUUGACCUGAAUAAGAACCCUUCCAGGCAGCAAAUCACCACCACUGUGUGUGUGUGUGUGCAGUAUGUUAUAGGUCCGGGAAAUGAAAUGAAGAAAACCAUCAGAAGAAAAUCCUAGAACUUAAAAUCGUUUUUUUUUUUUUUUAAAUCUCAGUACUUUCAUCCAGGGGUGUGAGAUAAGGUCAACAUAAAAAUCUGUUACCAGACGACAUUCUGUGGUGCUACGUUUCCGGCCAGCCAUUCUUUCCUGGCCAAGCUGUUCUGAGAUAUCUCUUUUGAUUGCACGGACUAGAUAGAAAUCAUCAAUCGCUGCUCAUAAAGUAAGUAGUUUUUUUUUUUUAAUUUAAUUGUUUUUUUCUUUUUAAAAUUAUUUUUAGAAAAAUAUUUGAAAUGAGUUUUAUGAUUUUAUUUUGAUCAAUUCAUGGCAGGGGUGGCACCGUCCAGCAUCCCCCACCCUUUUUUCGACGGUCCACUUAUACACCCGUCAUCAUUUUAUGAGAUUCUUGGUUCUUCAUUUGACGUCACCGCGGAUUCAAAGACGGAUUACUCACUGAGACGAAAAUUGUCAACCGUCUAAGCCCUGUAGGGGGCAGCGGGUGGGAGUCUUCACAAAUCAAUCUACGUUAAGGCCGGGAGUUUGAUGAGCCCAGGUGGGCUAAUAUCAUGCUUCAACUCAUCUUUUAAGAAAGAGGGUGUGGGGAGGGGCUAAGGGUAAAAAAAAUAGCGAAAAUCGUCAAUUAUCCAAAUAUGUUGUUAGUCCUUUUCUGUACUUCGCGUUUUUUCUUUUGAACGCACUCUGCUAUAUACUGAAACAAAAUAAUGCGUCCAAAAAGGAAUUUGACACUAAAUUAGAUCGUGUGAACUGAAGUCAAAAUUCCAUUAAAUUUCCGUUCGACCAAACUUCGACUAAUUAUUUGCUCGACGACAUUUCUUUCAAACAAAUUUCCCGGUAAGCCUUGAUUCAUUAUCACAAGAAGUGCAAGACUUGAAGGUGGCCGCGGUAGACGGCACGAGGGCAAACGGUGGCAAAUUUGACAUCUCUGCUCUAGGAGCUGACUUCGUGAACUCUCCAUGACGGAAAAAAAAACAUGUUUAAGAUGAGAUGUAGAUGUGUGCAGGUGGGUCAAGGACGGUGGCAUGAUAAGCAAGUAGCAUGGUCAUGGUACGCUUUGACCUUGUCACAUGCCCAAGUUCCAUCUAUGUAUAAAACGGACAGGCUGACCUAGUACGAAUUUGACUGCUUUUAUCUCAGCGUUACAAGAGUGACUGUCAAUAGGAAUUUUUUUUGUAAUUCGCAAACCACUUAACUGUUUAAAGAAAUCCGGUUCUAGAACGGGUGAUGGGUUUAUAGAAUACUGGUAUAAACCAGUUAUGGGGUUUUAAAGACAUAGACAUUUCGACAUAGUCCAUACAGAUUUUUUCCAUCUGCGGUACAAUGUGUGCUGCAGUAUUUUGUAUCUUUUGGAGUCUCUGAAUUUGGUUCUGAGGCGAACCCCACAAACGGCGAUUACAGUAAUCUAAUCUUGACUGGAUUAGAGUUACUGCUACAGCAUUGGCUGUUCUCCUAGUGACUUGAGGACGCAGCUGACCAGAGGCGUAGCGUGGUGUGGGCAGGGGGACAGAUGUCCCCGGGCCCCAGCUAGUCAGGGGCGCCAAAAUGUGCUUUGAUAUUAUUUUAUUGAUGAAAAUAAUGGGUUUGAGAGUUGAAAAAAAGAAAAAGGGCGCUAAAAAUGGAUCUUGUCCCCGGGCGCGAAUCUUGUCCCCGGGCGCGAAUCUUGUCCCCGGGCGCCAAACACCCUCGCUACGCCACUGCAGCUGACCCAGGGCACGCAGAUGACAGAAGUCUGCUUUGACAACAGAACUGAUGACCUCUCCAUUCCCCGUCAAUUCGAGUCCCCUGUGGUUCUUUAUAUUUAAAAUAUAAAAAAAAAUAUUUAAUGUUAAUAAAAAGUUAAGGUUUAAAAAAAACAAAACAAACUACAACAACCAAUGGUCGGUGGCGAAACAGUAACCGGGGAAUCCCAUUAUCACAACCAAUGGUCGGUGGCGAAACAGUAACCGGGGAAUCCCAUUAUCACAACCAAUGGUCGGUGGCGAAACAGUAACCGGGGAAUCCCAUUAUCACAACCAAUGGUCGGUGGCGAAACAGUAACCCGGGAAUCCCAUUAUCACAACCAAUGGUCGGUGGCGAAACAGUAACCCGGGAAUCCCAUUAUCACAACCAAUGGUCGGUGGCGAAACAGUAACCCGGGAAUCCCAUUAUCACAACCAAUGAUCGGUGGCGAAACAGUAACCCGGGAAUCCCAUUAUCAUUUGAGUUACACAGAUUGAAUCUAAAAUGACGCAGCUUAAAUUUGUUACAGGACAUUAGUUUGUUACAUGAGAUCAUUAUAGACAGGCACAUGGAAGGCAUGCCACCACGAAGUCACGACGUCACGUGAACGUGACGCUAACGGCAAGGGGUGUGCACUCCUUGGAACACAACACCAACGUUUUACUAAGUAAAAGUGCCGGGCGAUGAAAGUCAGCGAAAGUGUUGAUGUGGUGUCGGUCUCUAGUGUUGAGGUGGAGAGACCGCGUUCGGAGAGGUUGGGGGGGGGGGUGCUUUUGAGUUUGAGAUAUAAAAGGUUGCUCGUAUCCUGAAGCCAAACAAUGUUUCUUAAAUUAAAAUGAAUUUCUAUUGAUAUAUUCCAUAACUGAACAGGUUUUAAACAGAUACAGCAAUUUAAAAAAAAAAAUCAAUUAAUAAAUCAAUUAAAAAGUUGUUAAAUAUGACGUCAUCAACGAUGGCGCUGAUUGUACUGGCCGUGACGACGUUGGCAGCGGCGGGAAAAGAUUUAACGGAUUUUCCCAGGGAUUCCUACGAUUUCAUUGUAGGUAAGUGUCAGUUCAUAGCAGAACCUUUCAUUUCAUUUGUUGUCAAGCUAGCCAUCAUGCCUGGAUCUACUCAGCUGACUAAUAGGCUGACUUGGCCUAUUUAUUAGGAAAACCACGGAUCAAAAAAAAAAAAAUCACGUUGGGAUGUGUUUUAUCAAGAAGUUACGCUGUUGCGUUUUCUGAUUUUAUAAUUUUUUUUUUUUAGUAUUUAAAAAAAAUGCUUAUCUAUCAGUAAAUGAUCUCUUAUUCCACUUGCACUCCUCACUUAUUAUCAGUCUUAUUUUCGAAAGCAGAACAUAUUUCCUGUACAUAAUUUUAUGUUGAAGUCACAUUAUUUGAAUAUCACUGAUCAUUUUAAAAAUUUUUGUCGAAGACGCUAAAAGACGAAUUUUUUAUAUAUUUUUACUUAUUCUUCCAAAAAUACAAUAUAUAGAGAUCAAAAUAUUUUAAAGAUUACGAUUAUUAUUAUUAUUAUUAAUGUAAUUAAAAAUUGUUUUUUUUUUUUAGUUUGGUUGAAAGCAUACGGGUGGUGGCCAAUGUUUCCUUUAAGCUGCGCGGCUGCGCGGCCACGCAGUAAUCUCACAGACGCCGCGCAGCAGUUUUGAAUACCGCGCAGCUAAUUUUUUCACUUAAGAGUGUGUUUUUUGUCUAUAGGCUGUAAAAUUUUGCGCACAAAAAAUUGAUGCUGUAAAAAUUUGCAUACAACUUUAUGAUUUUUCACACGAACCAACAAACCUUAGAGGGGAGCAUUGGUGGUGGCGGCCCUGAAUGGGGGGUGGGUCUGGCCGGUAGAAUAAAAAAAAACAACGUCUCACAAAAAUUUAAUGGACUACAUUUCAAAGAUGAACUCGGCUACUCCUUAAGCAAGUACAAAUGAAGACAACACCACCUAUAAGCGCAAUUUUAUUUUGAAAUUUUUUUUGAAUGACUCGGCUCCAAGAGAGGAACUGAUCAAACACAAGCUUCACGUUUAGUCCUCGUCCCAUAUUUCAUCUGAUUGUUUUUCCCCUCCGUCCCCCCCCCCCCCCCCCUCCAAGAAAGGUCCAGUGUAGUCUUGUGGUUAGUGAAAUAUCUCGACUUGCGGCGCAUGAUAUCUGAGCUACAUCUAAAAUUAUUCAAGAGACAUGUCGGCGUCCCGAAUUUGUGAGAUGGAAAAAAUAAAGACAAAAAUUGCUCGACUACACGGUUUGCCUGCAAAUAAAUUAAUGUUCAUCUUACUAGGAAAUGUGAGGAAUUCAAGGUGCAAAGUUUAGACCAGUGUUCGGCAAAUUCAUUCGUCAAAAGAGCCCAAACAACAAAAUCAGCAGCAGGACGAUUAACAUUUUUGGAGAGCCUAAUUUCUAUUCAAGAACCUGUCGGCUGGCCGAGCCGCACGCAGGUCGCUAAAGAGCCGCAUGCGGCUUGUGGGUCGCGAUUUGCUGGCCAUUGAUUUAGACCAUCUGUUACAUUUGGGGGGGGGGGAAUGGAUAAAUAAAAAAAAAACCAACAAAAAAAACCCAACAAAACAAAUAACAAAACAUUUCUGUUCCAGUUGUUUUUUUUUUUUUUGUAUAUCUCUCCGUACGUCUAUAUUGAGUAUUUGUAGACAAUCACACCAUUUUUUUUUGGUGAUUUUCCAUCUACAGUGGGCUCGGGGUCUGCGGGCGCCGUGGUAGCCAGUCGUUUGUCAGAGGAUGCGGGCGUCACGGUGCUGCUGUUGGAGCAAGGUGGGGACGACAGGGGCAUUCAGGACAUCUCCGUGCCCGGGUACGCCAGGAGGGCCUGGCUCAACCCAAACAUCUCAUUGACCUACAGCUCAGGUAAGCGGGCGUUGUGUGUACCCUGCGAGGUGAGCUAGUGGAAAGUGGAAUAUUAAGGAAAAGGGUUGGGGAGAGAUUUGGGGUGGAGUGCUGCUUGUCAUUCCAGCCUUAUUAAGAAGGGCAGGAAAAAAAAAAGAACAGCCCACAACUCUGUGAGAGAAAUAAAUAGAACGUAAUGAUAAGGCAGCAUUACUUUUCUUCGAUACAACUUGUAGAAAAGGGACUGUUACAUGCUAUACAAAGGACAGUUGCAGCAUUGCAGGACUGUAGCUAUAAAAAAAAAAUACAGAUAUGAAAAUAUAAAUACUGUGCUGCUUUUAAACUUUUAAGAAAUUUUGAUAAAUAUAAAAAGCUAUUCAACGUAUUUACAGCUUUUCAAAAUAUACUCUAUGCAAAAUAUUAAAAGACAUAUACAACAUAUAACAGGGAGGUUGGCUGGAUAAGCCCAGAACAAAAUCUAAGCGCCUCUCGACCUUUUGGAUAAGAUCAAGGUGAAGAGUCUGAUCUCAUUGCACCGUGUAGCCAAACUCGUGAGAGGACUGUGAUAUCUUGCUUGCUCUUCGUCAGGGGUCAGGACGAUCAGUGGAACAGUUGAGAGAGUUGCAAGUCCAAGAGACCCGCAAGGGCAUACUCUUAAGGGACUACCCCAGUUGCAAGACCAAGAGACCCGCAAGGGCAUACUCUUAAGGGACUACCCCAGUUGCAAGACCAAGAGACCCGCAAGGGCAUACUCUUAAGGGACUACCCCAGUUGCAAGUCCAAGAGACCAUCAAGGGCAUACUCUUAAGGGACUACCCCAGUUGCAAGUCCAAGAGACCCGCAAGGGCAUACUCUUAAGGGACUACCCCAGUAUUGCAGUACUUGUGGGGAACCCUUAAAAAAAUAAGAUCGCUACUCGGCCUUUUACUGAGAUCAAAAUGUGGUAUCUUUGCCCGUCAGGUGGUCAAACCUUCAUGGGUGGCCUGUGAUAUCUCCCUUUGUGUCUGGCCAUAGCGGGAAGAUCGGUUAAAUAAAUGAAAGAGCCGCAAGGCCAAGAGAUCCGCAAUUUAGACUUUGAAGGAAUGACCCUUGCAUACGGUACAACUGAGCGCCCCCCCCCCCCCCCCCCACACAGGAAAAAAAAAAUCUAGAAGUUAUGACACAUUUUUUUUCCUAACAAUCAAAUUUGAAACACUUUCUUUCGAAAACUUGAACACCUUGUUUUUAUAUAUGUAUGUAUUUAUUUAACUUACCAAGACGUAGCUUGAUGUCUGUAGAUAAAUUUAGGCUUUAGCAUACUCAGCAUUGGCUAAAUGAAAUGCUAAAGCAGGGGCACUUUAAAGGCUAAGCAUACAUACAUUUUUGAACGUGUUAGGUAUCAAAUUCAAUGUUAUUAUUUAAAAAUAUGUUGAUUCAACCCCCAAAAAAUGUAUUCCGUGUCUACCAAUUUGAGAAAAAGAGAGUUGAAAAAAAUACAAAAUUCUGUAUCUAAUUCUUAUUAUUGUUAACUGAUCCAUCAGGGUUAUAAGGUGAGAUACUAAGGACAACAAUAAGACAAAAUUUCAAAUUUGACAAUAAAAAAUCCUCCUUUUUUUUCAGAACCCAUGCCCGACAAAUAUAAAAGUUUGAAAAAUGGUCAGACCAACUGGCUCCGUGGAGCUGUGCUCGGUGGCUGCAGCAGCAACAACAACCUAGCUUACCAACGUGGGAGCAAACAGGACUUCGACAAGUGGGCUGAGACCGUCAAGGACGACGCCUGGAACUACGACCACAUCCUGUCGUAUUUCAAGAGACUGGAGAGAGUCACGAACCCGGAGCUGAAGACAUCCGUCUACCGUGGGUCCGACGGCCCCCUGAGCGUGACCAGGUCGUGCCCGAUCUACGGGCUGACCGACAAGAUUCUGGACGCGCUGCGGGAAAGUGGAAUCGAGUACAACGAGGAUCACAACGGCGAGUCUGUUCUCGGCUCGUCCCGCACCCAGCUCAACACCGAGAACGGUGAGAGGGUCAGCACGUCCAAGGCCUACAUCCACCCGUUUCUCGGACGCGCCAACCUGGACGUCGUCGUCCACGCGUUGGUUGAAAAAGUCGUCAUCGCCAACAAGAAAGCCGUAGGCGUUCAGAUGCAGAAAGGCGGCCAGACGUACAUCGUGAAAGCCAACAGGGAGGUCGUCCUCUCGGCCGGAAGCCUGGGCUCGGCCCAGCUGUUGAUGCUGUCGGGGAUCGGUCCCCGGAAGCACCUGGAGCAGUUGAACAUCCCGGUCGUUGUCGACUCCCCCGUCGGCCAGAGCCUCCACGAUCAGGUCAUGUUCGACCUGGCUAUGGCCAUCGACAAGCCCAUCGGCACACCCGCCGGGGUCCUGACGUCUACUUGGGCGUUGGGUGAGUAUGCGACGCUGAAGACCGGACCGCUCUCCGUGUCUGAUUCUGGAGUCGUGUUUUACGUGGGGAGCACAGACGAGGCGAGGAGGUUGGCGUGGCCGGACCUAAUGAUCCUGGUGUCACUCUCGGUCUCCGGUACGGCGGCAAUGUUAGGGGUAACAUAUAUUUUCUAUUAUACAAUAUCUUUUCCAGUAAAACUUCCAAUCUUUAUGGCAUUUUAAUUUGUUUGGAGAAUAUUAAUGUAACCAAUAGAAAACAAAUUCCAAUAUUUGAAAGACAUUUUUUUACGUUUAACAGACAGCUGUUAUUGUAAAAAAUAAAAAAUAGAUGACGCCAAUUUUUUCUUCUUUUUCCCUAUUUCUCGAAGUAUUGUUUGAUGUUUUUUCAAAAUAAAACAAUAUCGGAACAAUACGUGUUUGAGCGUAAAAAAAAUAAGGACAUUUACAAGGACAUUUCGGCCAAAUGUCAUCUACAGCAGACAAGACAAAACUUGCAACAAUAAAUAAAUAGAGAUUUAAAACUUAUAUCAAUUUAUAAUUGUCUUAAUCCCUGUUUAGAAACUGGAAUGUUUGUUAUCUUUUAAAUUUGUUUUCGUUUGAUUUUUAGUCUUCAAUAAUAUGUCAAAUUAUGUGAAUUCAUUUUUAAAAAAAAAAUUAUAAUUGGUACCAAUUCCACAAUCCACGAAGCGCAGUAGCUAGCUGACAAUGCUCUAUGUUUCUAGCUUAAAAUUUCCUAUGUUUAUAGCUGACUAUGUUCCAUAUUUCACAGAGCGGCUAUGACGAUGCUACAGUCAGCGGCUUGUCCAGUCGUAACAACGUCACCUCCGGGUUCACCUUUAAUCCGACGCUCCUGAGGCCAGCGAGCACAGGGAGUCUCAGGCUACGAAACAACAGGACGGGCAACAACUUCAUCAUAGAUCCAAACUACUUCGCCGAGUCGCAGGACGUGGAAGCCCUGGUCGAAGCGGUGGAGAUCUGCAAGAACGUUCUCAAAUCGAAGACCAUGAGGGAUCUCGGAGCCAGGCUGGUGGACACAAAACCGUUGAAGAUUUGCGAAAGUCUCGUGUUCGAUUCCAAAGAUUAUUGGCGGUGUGUGAUCAAGGCAAGGCCCCGAAGCCUCAAUCACAUCACGGGAACCUGUAAAAUGGGGUCAGCCGAUGACGUCAGCGCCGUCGUUGACCCCCAGCUGAGGGUGAAGGGGAUUGUGGGACUCCGGGUCGCGGAUGCAUCCAUCACGCCUCACGUGGUUUCAGCCAGCACGCACGCGCUGGCCGUCCUCAUCGGAGAGAAAGCGGCUGACAUCAUCCAAGGAAAGCAACUCCCGCCUACGGUGAUUUUAAAGCAGAAUAACGCCAGCACGCAGUUGUGUCCCACGCAGCAGGUUGUCAUGGUAAUGUUGUCGAUUUUUUUUCUUUUACUCAUGUAACAUUUUUUAUACAAAAAGACUUUUUAAUCUCUUAUACAGUGUCAUAUAUUGUAAAUAAUUAAUUUUUUCAUUGCCUUUUAUAAAAAAAAUGUAUUGCUUUCAAUAAUAAAAUUGAUCUUAAAAAAAUAAUAACAUUUCAUUACUUUUAAUAUCCAAGCUUGGUAGGUUGCCUGCAUUCGACGCACUUAAGAAAACACUUUUCUAGGUUCAGCUUAGUAAGAACUUACCCAUUUAGUCAGAGAGAAGUGCAUACAGCGGAGAUAUAUCACUUAAUUGUAUCACAUCCAAAAAAAAGCGUUUGGUUGAAACAUUCGCUGGUGUGAUUCCUCCCCAGUAAAGCCGCCCAAUCAUA